AAGAAGCGCGAUUACUCACGAGUCCAAUGCCGCAACUGUGGAGAGAUGGGCCACACUAUCAGACGUUGCCCGAAGGCCCCAGCCGAAGAGUCGUUUGAGGAACCCACCGACAAAAACGACUCAACCGAGCCCGAACCUUGGAUCUCUGGAGCUGGUGACAAUGAAGAUGCGCCCGCUUUUGAGGAGGAAAACAAUGACGAAUGGAAUUAUAAUGGUGGUGGUGGUGGCGCAGCUUGGUAAUGUCGAGGCUCUCAGAGCUUUGCAGUAGCUUGCGAAGGGAGAAUGACGAGC